AUGCGCUUCGGCAAGACCCUCUCUGACGCCAUCUAUCCACCAUGGAAAGACAAGUACCUCGAGUAUGAGAAGAUCAAGAAGCUCCUCCGUGAAGAUGAAACAUCUCCACAAGGCCGGGGUGGUGAAGGGAGCUGGACUGAACAAGAUGAAGAAAACUUUGUUCAUGAGCUCACAGUAACUCAGUUGGAAAAGGUCCACCAGCAUCAGCUCAACACCUUCAACUCACUCCGAGACCGAACCGCCGCCUGCGAGGCGAAGCUGCCGUCUACCGAGGGCGAAGAUGCAGGAAAAUCCGAGGAAGACUAUAAGGCUGUUGCAAAGGAGCUGCUCCCUGAGCUCGACAAGAUCUCCAACGAGCUGAAUGAGCUUAGGAAGUUCAGCAGGAUCAACUAUACCGGAUUCCUCAAGGCUGCAAAGAAACAUGACAGAAAGAGAGGCCUCAAGUACAGGGUUCGGCCCAUACUACAAGUUCGUCUCUCGCAAAUGCCUUUCAACCAGGAGGACUACUCGCCUUUGCUCUUCCGGCUGUCGACCAUGUAUUCUUGGGCUCGUCAGAAGCUCGAGGGGGAGCAGGCUGGUGAUGAAGCCAAUACUGACGCCCGGCCAAAAGAUCAGUAUAAGGCUUUCAAAUAUUGGGUUCAUGUGGACAACCUCCUUGAAGUCAAGACAUAUCUGUUGCGUCGCCUUCCCGUCUUAGUGUACAAUCCCCAGUCUGUCAAGGUGGUCGAUUCGUCUCAAAAGGACCCGACGAUCACCUCAAUCUACUUUGACAAUAACAGCUUCGACCUCUACCAGGGUAAGGUCGAAAAAGGCGCAGGUGGCGCUUCGCUGCGGGUCAGGUGGGCUGGCCAAUUGCUUGAUGAGUCGGAGGUUGUCCUUGAGAAAAAGUUCGUCGACGAGGAAACAACCGACAGUAGCGACAUCAGAAUCCAGCUGAAGCCCAAGUAUCUCAUCCCAUUUCUCAAAGGCGAAUACAAGAUGGAAAAACAGAUCAAGAGGCUUGAGGAACUGCUGGGACCUGAACAUGAGGACAUCAAGGCGUUCAGGGCCAACGUUGAUGAGAUCCAAUCAUUUGUCAAAGAGAAAGAACUCGAGCCAGUCCUAAGAGCAAGCUAUACCCGGACUGCUUUCCAGAUACCUGGGGAUGACCGGAUCCGGGUGUCUCUAGACACCGAUCUCGCCUUCAUUCGGGAGGACGCACUAGAUCCUGACCGCCCGUGUCGGGAUCCAGAUGACUGGCAUCGGUCCGAUAUUGACCAGAACAAGAUGGAAUAUCCAUUCUCAGCCAUUAAGAAAGGCGAGAUCAGCCGCUUUCCUCAUGCUGUGCUCGAAAUCAAGAUCAAGGAAUCGAAGUAUACUAGGAAUAAUGCUUGGCUCCACGACUUGAUGAACUCUCACCUGGUCAAGGAGGAGAAGAGGUUCUCUAAAUUUGUCCACGGUGUGGCCGAGCUAUUCGAAGACUACGUCAACAGCUUCCCAUUCUGGCUGAGUGACCUGGAGACAGACAUUAGAAGAGACCCAGUCACAGCCUACCAGGAGGAACAACAGAAAGAGGCUAAAAAGGUGGAAGAUGAAAUGGCUGUGGGCAGCUUCAUCGCGGGGUCCAGGUUGACGCCCAAAGGAAAGUCGGCUUCUCCCGGCAGAUUCCCCGAGAGAAGAGUAUCCGGCCAGCUUUCCCAAUCUGUUCAAUCCCAAGGGCGAGCCAGGGCUGAGCCGCAGCUGGAAACUACGGCUGAGGAGCAGGAUACCGACGAAGACGGCAUUCAUCCUCCCGAACAAAUCGAGAUUCGAGAUUCGUCAAGGGGUGGCAUUCGAUCCUUCCUUCCGGCGUUCUCCAAUUCUCGUUACGCCCGUCGUCGUCGCGAAGGAAAAAAUGCGUGGGAAAAUGCUCCGCUUCCGCCGGGCGUCCAAGAACCAAGUUUUUGGAUCAAAGAUCAAGGUGACCUGAAGAUUGAAGCCAAAGUCUGGCUGGCCAAUCAGCGAACAUUCAUCAAGUGGCAGCACAUCGCAGUCCUCCUGGCCACCUUGUCACUGGGUCUCUACAAUGCUGCCGGUGUUGACAACAACAUUGCUCGCAUUCUCGCUGUUGUGUAUACCUUCUUUGCUGUCUUUGCAGGAGUAUGGGGAUGGUACGUGUAUAUGUGGCGGACGAAGCUGAUCACGGAACGAAGCGGGAAGGACUUCGACAAUCCCAUCGGCCCAUUCAUCGUCACCAUCGGAUUGGCCGCUGCACUGAUCUUGAAUUUCGCUUUCAAGUAUCGCGCUGCAUUGGAAAAUACCAACCUAGACUCAGGUAACGGCACGGCUGGUCCCUCGAUGACCGUCGGGUUAUUGACGCCCAAAGUCCAGCUUCCUCUAGCGUCUGCCACUGGACUCCUUGUACAGGAACUUUAA